UACAACACAAAAGCCAUCGGCUCUAUUUAAGAGGUUACCCAAAGCCGCCUCAUAAUAGGACCCAUCGAUAUACAGCGAUCAUGGUGGCUAAAACCUUAGCACUGGUUCUAACAUGCACGGCUUUCUUCUGUCACGUGGCAGUUUCCUUAGAGGACCUCACCAUCCGCCAAGUCACAGAAGAUCGGCUUCCCAAUCUCCUCGGGUCACAUACGGAGAGAAAAUUCCGGAUUUUCAUGUCGGACUACGGCAAGAGCUACUCCACGAGGGAGGAGUACGUCCACCGCCUCGGGAUAUUUGCUAAAAACGUCCUCAAGGCGGCUGAGCACCAGAUGAUGGACCCCAGCGCCGUCCAUGGUGUCACGCAGUUCUCUGACCUCACGGAGGAGGAGUUCACGAAGAUGUACACUGGACUAGCUGAUGUCGACACCGGCCAUGGUGGUGUGGUUGGAGCAGAGGCACCCAAGUUGGAGAUUAAGGGAUUGCCCAAAGAUUUUGACUGGAGGGACAAAGGUGCAGUUACUGAGGUCAAAGAUCAAGGUAAAUGUGGAUCGUGCUGGGCUUUUAGCACAACAGGAGCUGUUGAAGGAGCCAAUUUUGUCUCCACCGGGGAGCUUGUCAGUCUUAGCGAACAACAACUUGUGGAUUGUGAUAAAGCGUGCGAUCCAAAGGACAAGAAAGCAUGCGACAAUGGAUGUGGUGGAGGACUCAUGACAAAUGCAUACAAGUAUUUGGAGAAGGCAGGAGGUUUAGAAGAAGAGAAAUCAUAUCCUUACACCGGCAAACGAGGCCAUUGCAAGUUCGAUCCAAAAAAGGUUGCAGUAAAAGUAGUGAACUUCACGAGUAUACCAUUGGACGAGGACCAAAUCACAGCACGUUUAGUACAACACGGUCCUUUAUCAGUGGGAAUAAAUGCUGUGUUCAUGCAAACAUAUAUAGGAGGAGUGUCGUGUCCGCUAAUAUGCAGCAAGAAAAGGUUAAACCACGGGGUACUUCUUGUUGGAUACGGGUCGAAAGGGUUUUCAAUCUUGCGGCUUAGUAAUAAACCGUAUUGGAUCAUCAAGAACUCAUGGGGAAAGAAGUGGGGAGAUAAUGGGUACUACAAGCUGUGUCGUGGCCAUGAUAUGUGUGGGAUUAACUCAAUGGCCUCUGCAGUGGUUACACAAGUUUCGUCAUAGGUGGGUCUCGUCUCUCUCCUGAAGGAGUGCCAUGCUCUUGCUCUUGGUUGUCUUUCAGAUUUUCAAGUUUUAAAAGUGAAGUUGUGAGUUCUGAAUAUUGGGAGUCUUGUAUCAAACAAUGGGGUGAAGUGAUCACCAGUAGUUCUUGAAAACGUUCCUUUCUAAUA